UUGUGUGGACACAGGUUUCCAUUUCUCUCGAGUACACGCCUAGGGGUGGAAUUGCUUGGUUAUAUGGCUCCUGUUUCCUUUUGAGGAACUGUCACACUGUCUGCCAGAUUUCUCUCUGCACCGUUUUCUAUUCCCAAUAGCGGUGUGUGAGGGUCCCAAUUUCUCCACAUCCUCACCAACAUUGGUUCUGAUCUUUUUAAUUCUAGCCACCCUAGUGGGUAUGAAGAGGAAUCUCACUCUGUCUUUGAUUUGCAUUUCCGUAAUCACUAAUGAUGUAUGACACCGUUCCUAUUCAGUCCAGCGUGGUGUUAUGUUCUUGCCCGUCCCCAUCAAUGGUGAGGACCCAGACUGAGUCCGGCUCGGCCCCUGGCAUUCCCAGUGGUGGUAGCAGACAGGGCUCCACCAUGGACAGCACCGCGGCUGAGUCCCGAUCGAGCGCCAACUCGCUGCAGCACACCACACAGCCACCGCCACAGCCUCGGAAGAAACGGCCCGAAGACUUCAAAUUUGGGAAAAUUCUUGGUGAAGGCUCUUUCUCAACAGUUGUCCUGGCCCGAGAACUGGCAACCUCAAGGGAAUACGCUAUUAAAAUUCUAGAGAAACGUCACAUUAUCAAAGAGAACAAGGUCCCGUAUGUAACCAGAGAGAGAGACGUGAUGUCACGCCUGGAUCACCCGUUCUUUGUUAAACUUUACUUCACAUUUCAGGAUGAUGAAAAGCUGUACUUUGGUCUUAGUUAUGCCAAAAAUGGAGAACUACUUAAAUACAUUCGCAAAAUUGGCUCAUUCGAUGAGACGUGCACCCGGUUUUACACGGCCGAGAUGGUGUCGGCUCUGGAGUACUUGCAUGGCAAGGGCAUCAUUCACAGGGACCUGAAACCAGAAAACAUUUUGUUAAAUGAAGACAUGCACAUCCAGAUCACAGAUUUUGGAACAGCGAAAGUCUUAUCCCCGGAGAGUAAACAAGCCAGGGCCAACUCGUUUGUAGGAACAGCCCAGUAUGUGUCUCCAGAGCUGCUCACAGAGAAAUCGGCCUGUAAAAGUUCGGACCUUUGGGCUCUCGGAUGUAUAAUAUAUCAGCUUGUGGCAGGACUGCCGCCUUUUCGAGCGGGAAAUGAAUAUCUUAUAUUUCAGAAGAUCAUUAAGCUGGAGUAUGACUUUCCUGAAAAAUUCUUCCCUAAGGCAAGAGACCUUGUGGAAAAACUUUUGGUUUUAGAUGCCACGAAGCGAUUAGGCUGCGAGGAAAUGGGAGGGUACGGCCCUCUGCAGGCUCACCCCUUCUUCGAGUCCAUCUCGUGGGAAAACCUGCAGCAUCAGACGCCUCCGAAGCUCACCGCUUACCUGCCGGCCAUGUCGGAAGAUGACGAGGACUGCUACGGGAAUUACGACAACCUCCUGAGCCAGUUUGGCUGCAUGCAAGUGUCCACGUCCUCGUCGUCACACUGCCUGCCCGCCUCGGACGCAGGCCUGCCGCCAGCGGCGGGCAGCAACAUCGAGCAGUACAUCCAUGACCUGGACACUAACUCUUUUGAGCUGGACCUCCAGUUUUCCCAAGACGAGAAGAGGCUCCUGCUGGAGAAGCAGGCCAGCGGCAAUCCUUGGCACCAGUUUGUAGAAAAUAACUUGAUACUAAAGAUGGGUCCGGUAGAUAAGCGAAAGGGCUUGUUUGCACGACGACGACAGCUACUGCUCACAGAAGGGCCACACUUGUAUUAUGUGGAUCCUGUCAACAAAGUCCUGAAGGGCGAAAUUCCGUGGUCACAAGAACUCCGACCAGAGGCCAAGAACUUUAAAACCUUCUUUGUCCACACGCCGAACAGGACGUAUUACCUGAUGGACCCGAGUGGGAAUGCUCACAAAUGGUGCAAAAAGAUCCAGGAAGUGUGGAGACACAGGUACCAGAGCCACCCGGACGCCGCCGUGCAGUGACACGUCCGAGGCUGCUGCCCUCGCUGCCAGGACACGUGCCCCAGCGCGGCUCGCCGCCAUCGGGACGCUUCCAGACCACCUGCCAGCCAUCUCAAGGGGGACGCAGACGGCGGAACCUUGCAGCUUUUUUAUUUAAAAGAAAAGAAGAAAAAAAUACCCAACCACACAAAGAACAAAACCAAUAACGAAAAGGAAUUCAGGGUCGCUUUGCUUGCUCUCUGUGCUCUGUGGAGGCUCCCCAAGCUCUCCUUGCCACGGGGACCCGGCACCGUGCACGUCCGCCUGAUUCCCUCCCGGGCGAGUGGAACAGACUCGAGUCACCAGCUCUGCACCACACGCCCUGGUCACCUGUGGCCGAGGGGACGGGGUGUGUGUCUGGGCUCUUUCCGCCCCGAGGCUGUCGCAGAACCCUUUCGGCAGGGAGCCGUAUACCCUCCGCCGGAAGUUGGCCUUGGUCUCUGCGGGCUGGGAGUGUUCUUGGCUUUGGUCCGCGUGCUCCCUUUCUUACGUCCCUACUUGAUGCCCCCUGUGCCCCAGCAGGGCCCCUUGCUUGCCUUCUCACGCAGCUCUGGCUGUGAGAUGUCUGUGGCUGUGAGUGCUCGCUCUGUGGGCUGCGUAUGGCGGGCAGGCUCCAGGUGGUGAGACGUGGCCCGGGCCGUCGGGGUGAGAUGCUGAGGUUGGAGGGUGCCAGCAGGGUGUUCCGACCGAACAGCCUUCCAGGCAGUGUGGCCCUGUGGGGCUGGAAACCAGGCCGGUGCCCGGAAAGAGCACUGGCAGAAGCGGGCACCCGGCCGCACCAGGAGUUAGGGCUCCAUCCUGCUCCGUGUGAGGCCAGGGUGGCAGGGCAGAUGUAGGGAGGCACCGCUCGGUGAGCUCCUCCCGAGAGUUUUUUCAGAGGGCGAGCUUUGCAGGCCUCCCCCUGGUCGGUUCGGUAGGGCCGAGAGACUCCGGGCGCCAGCAGGCUCCCGGCUGCCACAGGCACCCUUUCCGUCGCGAUCGAACGUUCUCCUGGCGAAACUCUGAGCGCUUGCACAUCUCGGUGGCGAGGGUCUAAAAGCCGCCUCGUGCUGCCAGGUCAUCUGGUCCCCAUCAAGAUGUGGACCUUGCCUGGAAGAAAACGUUCGCCUUGCACGAGGGGUAGGAACGCCACGCUGGGGCCUGAGCAUCCCGCCUGCUCGCUCCCUGGUUUCAGGCUUCUUCCUUGUGUUCCUUAGAGGCAGCAGGAAGCUGUACGCCAUGGGGGGGUCCAGGAUUUACCGGUCCUUUGAUUUUCUUUGCUGCCAGUCCCUGGGCAGAGAAUGCCUGUUGGCCUGGUGGUCACUGCUCUGCAUUUCUCUCCCUGCUCAGGUUGUCCCUGGAGGGCGAUCCUCAGUCCCCUGUUGGAGAGGGGGAGGCCCCUCUGCUUGCAGGCUGCUCACAGACACACCUCUGUCCCCAGGGGCUGAAGGUGUCCUUUAGGCUUUCAGGAAGGCACCAGUGGAAGGCUCCCGUGGAAAAGAUCCACCACCGUCCCCCGCCGCCCAUUUCCCCCUCGACCCUCCGCCUAUCUGGAGCAAAAACAUCCGCUGCCCUGUGUUGACAAGCGGUCCAAAUCCAGAGAAAAGAGGUUCUUCUCAAACUGGUUAGCCCGGGAGGAGUGCGUGGCUGUGGCGGUCCCGCCUCAGGGCAUUGCAGGAGGGGGGUGGGGGGGGUGGCGGCGGGUGGUGGCGGGUGGUGGUUGGGAGCAGAGACGCUGCCAGGUUUGCCGAUGGCUUCCCCCCGGGCUGCGUGCGCUGCUCUGCACUAGAGCCGAGCCUUACGUGAGCAAGCAAGUGCGCGUGCACCUAGGUGGGUGGGUGGCAAGGUGUCGGGCGUGCUUGCCCUUGGGGUGCCGCAGGGAGCAGGACCCUGCUCUGGGCUGGAGUCGUAGGUCAAUCUCCUGUCGUCCUCUUUCUUGCUUGUGAAAAAGCUUACCUGUGUUCACCUGCUUUUGAGAAAGUCCGUCUCGCUUGGCCCUUUCAGGAAGUCCGUUUGCAGCUUUUUCCCCAUAUCGAUAACUUAACUUUGUCAGCACACCGCUUCUGUGGCUGUGCCGUUAAGAGAGUUAGGGUCCUGCUCCUGCACAGCAUCCUGGGAUCUGGUUACAGGGACCCGAGCAGAGCCGGUAUCGGGCUUUCCCAAGAGCACUCAGCUGGGCUGCUCUGGGAGAGACGCAUCGGCCGUUGCCUUCUUCUCCCUGGUUGGCGCCACUACCUCCCGGGCUAACCCCUCAAGCUCCAUCUUAACCUCCAAAACCAGAGAACGAGGGGUUCGGGGUCGAGCUCGCAGCUGACAGAGUUGAAGUGACUGCCCUUGCCUGAGCCAGUGACAGCUGAGCCCUUCCCUGUAGGCUACGUUUCUCCUCUCACUCAGAGCCUUCUCCUCCCCCUCCCCCCCCCUUUUUUAAAAGGCCUAUACUUCCUCUUUUCCUACCCUGUGCUUACUCAUGUUAGCUUUAGUUUUAUCCAGCUCCUGUCCCGGCAUGCAGGUGCCUUACAUUCUAAGAUGUGGACGUAACUGUUAGUCUAGUACGUACACAGACAUACACGGAAAUGCAAAUAAUGUACCUAAGGCGAGAAAGAAAAUGCCCUGUUUGAUGGAUCCAGGAGCCGUGUGUCCCGCUGCGAGAGGGCAAGGGGAAGUGUAAGUGCCAAACCGAAGAGCCGCCAAGCAGAGCCCGCCCUGCCCGCACCGUGUGGCCUCGCUGGCAUGGAGGGGAGGGAGCGGGGCUGUGGUCUGCGUGGGCUCGUACAGCCCGCUGUCCUUGUCCCUCUCUGGGCACUCUAGGAAGCCAGGUUUGGGUGCACUUGUCUCUUGCCCUCUUUGUGUGGACCUCACCAGGAGAGCGGGUGGUGGGUGGUGGUAGCCUGCAGCCCCGUCGGGUGCACAGAGCCCCAGCUGGUGAAUGGCACUGCAUUGCACCUGCGCUUCUGAACCUUGGCUCUCAGGAGUUUGUUGCAGACCUGCUCGGGAAAGAUGCCUGUCACGGUCACGCCAGAGCUCACGGCACCCGCACCUGCUCCGGCCCCCGGAGGCCACGCUGUGGUAUUUGUGGCCCAUACGCGCCCAGGGCCGCGUGUUGUCACAGGGGCUCCAGGUGAUUCUGUACUCUAUUAAAACAUUUGUUUUCUGGAAAAAAAAAAAAAAAUCAACCGUAGGCUUACCAACCCAGAAAAGACCACUGUGAACGUUCUGGUGUAUAGCCCACCUUCUCCCCUCCCCCCCAUGCACACAUUUGUUUUCUUUUUAAACUAAACUGGGAACAUAAAACACUGUUCUGCAUUCAGCUUUUUUCACUUGAUAAUUUAUCUUAAGCAUUUCUCCAUGUCAUGAGCAAUGAUUAAAAAAACAUUGUUUUCAGUGAUUGUAGAGCUUAGUGGUUAUAAAUUUUAUCAUAAUUUAUCUAGCCAUUUCCCUGUUGUAAAACACUUAGAUGGUUUUUGGUUUUUCACUAUUUAAAUAAUGCUGUGAUGAAUAUCUUCCUAAAUCUUUGAUUUUGACUCUGAUCUCCCCCUUCCCCCCCAUUCCUAGAAGUCAUGUUUUUGGGUUAAGGAGUUUGUUUUAAAGGUGGUUUUUUAGUCCUUCCUCCGUCUUCAUCUGAUGCUUAGAUGCUCAGAGUUCAGUGCAGAGCCUCCUCGGUUGUGUCCUGAGGAUUCUGAACAAAUCAGUUUCUGGUAAGGGGUGUGUUCCAAAGAAUGUUUUAAUAAGACUGCUCUUUUCUUUUUUUAUAAUGCUAAAAUGACAUCCUUAUUUAGGUCCAUUUGUGGCAGAUUUUUUCAAAAGCUAAUUUCCUUAUUUUCAUUGAAGACUCUGGUUAUGCUUGCAUGUCAGUUACCGUCCCGUCCCCGCUGCUGCGGCUGUCCAGUGCUCCGUGAUCUCGUCAGAAGCUCGCGCUUUGUGUCCACAAUGGUACUGAAUGUGCAUCUGCACAGUCAGCUGAGAGGAAAAGUGUUGAACUGACCUUGCCACAUGCUUACUGGAUGAUUUGUAGUCAAGUUCGUACACUCAGUACAUUGGGCCGUUUGGAAUCAGUAAAAGAGCAAGUUCUCUACUUGAAAGAGACCACGUAGACAGUUGGGUUUUGCAGAAAUCUCAUUGCCCUCAUUCUCUCCAAACGGUGGGACUCAGUAAGAAGGUCUUAGCGGUUCAGUAGCGUGCAGUGGCUAGGCCUUUUCACUGUGGAAUGUGAUUGUCCUGGCCGACAUGGUUUAAGGACCUCUCACACUGUUUCAGGUUGUCUGCUGGUCAUCGAGUCCACACCACCCAAUUUGGUUUCAUUCUUGAUUUCUCCACUUCAGUUUGGGGUCCACUGAUUCUGAGGAGAGGCGCAUGAGAGAUUUUUUUAGGUGCCAUGGUCAGUGCUGCUCGAGUCCGCCAGAGAUUAUGGCUGGAUUGUGCAGAAUGAGAUUCCCUGCCCUCCUCUGACACCCCAAGUCCCCUGUGCCCUGGCCGGUCCACAGACUGGGUGCUCGCCGCCCGGUCCGCGGAGGCUGCAGCUGCCGUAAAGAGGUGUAGAGUAUGGUGAGGGCACUGUUCUCGGAGAUAUUGCCAUAUAGGUCUUUCCACAUUGUUUCAUCUCACCCAGAGCUAAAGUGAACUGAUGGGGACUCAUGUAGCCCUUCCCUCUCAGGCAGCCUCUGUGACAGGUGCCUUCAGUCAGGGCGGGAGUCACUCCCAGAGCCUCUGAGGGGCGCAGGCUGCUGGUCCAAGAUUGCAGAGUUGUGAAUCAGGCUGCCUGUGGAGAACUGGUCUGGGGAAGAAGCUGUUCCAGGAAAGAGCAGUCCUAUCUGUAGCUGAGACAGCUGUGAUGGGCAACUGACCAUGCCUACACGUAUACCUGAAUUUUCCGCAGAACCCAUUUCUUCAAAUACGAAGAAGCACCAAACUUCAUGUACAGAGAACUUUUUACAGAAGGCAGACCUUUUUUUGUGUGCGUGAUCCAUCCUUGUCUAACCCAUCUGGCAGAAUGACUUACAAAAAGCGGUCAUUUUGCUGGUGAAAAGCCUCUUUAUCGUUAUCAGAAGUUUGAUUGGACAUUGACAAAAAUUUUUGCAGUUUUUAGAGCUGCUGUAGCUGUUCCUUAACACAAAAUAGGAUGAAUCAGUAGUAUGUUAGCUGUCUUUCAGGUUGGUGGCAGUCAGUUAGGACAUGUAUAAAAUUCUCUACCUGGUCUGUAGCUGUAACUGUGAUGUACAGGCAAAGCAAAAAUUUAAAACUUAUGAAAACAAAUAAUGCAAUGAUAUUAGGAUAUACACUUUUGUAUUUUUAUUCUUAUAUAAGGUUAUUUGCUGGCUAUUGUUGGCCUCUAGUUCAGUCUGUGUUAUUUAAAAUCUAAUAUAUGAAUUAUUUGGAUUGAAUUCAUGUUCGGGGCCACGUUGUUGUAUGUAUUGAUGUACAGCCUUGAAUGUGAAUAAUUAUUGUAAACUAUAUUUUACAACUUUUUUUCUGGCUUUAUUAUAUAAAUUUUCUAUUUGGUCAAUGAUUUAAUCAUAUAAUUUAAUGAAUCUGUUUCUUCUCCUUUUUUUCAAAUAUUUGUGCUGUAGACGUAGUUACUGGAUGAUGAAUUUUCCACGUAUGCUCGGUAGUCUUGUAAUAAAAAAGCAUGUAGAGUGUA